AUGUCGACAAGUUUCUCGAUCGGGUUGGAAGAUCCUUCCAGGCUUGCAAAAGAUGUUGUCAAAGCUUUGAAGAGAAGGUUGCAGCACAAGAACCCGAAAGUUCAGUUACUUGCUUUAACGCUUCUGGAGAUGAUAGUCAAGAACUGUGGUGAUUAUGUGCAUCUUCAAAUUGCUGAAAGAAGUAUUUUGCAAGAAAUGGUCAAAAUUGUAAAGAAAAAGGCAAAUAUGCAGGCGAGAGAUAAAAUUCUUGUGCUUAUUGAUUCUUGGCGAGAGGCAUUUGGUGGAUCUGGCGGAAGAUAUCCUCAAUAUUACGUUGCUUAUGAGGACUUGAGGCGCUCGGGUGUACAAUUUCCUCAGCGCUCUCCAGAUACUGCUCCAAUAUUCACUCCACCUGUUACUCAUCCAAUAUCCAGACAUCCUCAGCCAGGUUAUGAAAUGUCAAGUAGUUCUACAGCAACACUUGAUGAAGCCAUGGCAGCAGAAGUGGAAACUCUACGUUUAUCAAGCUUAGAUGCUAUGCGGGAUGUUCUGGAACUCUUGGCCGAUAUGCUGCGAGCAGUAGAUCCAAGUGAUCGCUCGGCUGUUAAAGAUGAAGUGAUAGUUGACCUUGUUGAACGAUGCCGUGCCAACCAGAGGAAGUUAAUGCAAAUGUUGACAACAACGGGGGAUGAAGAACUUCUUGGUCAGGGACUUGAAUUAAAUGAUAGCCUGCAGAGCGUACUGGUAAAACAUGAUGAAAUAGCUUCUGGUUUGCCGCUGCCUCCUCAAGUAACAAAUGUCAAUCCCCAUUUGGCAGAGAUACAUGACGCUAGUCUCAGACCUACCGAAGUCACGGAACAAAGUUCAACACCAGAUGCUAAACCUUCUGCACCAGUGGUUCCUGUGACUCAGAGUCUGAUUGAUGGCGAAGAAGAAGAUGAUGACUUUGCACUGUUGGCUAGAAGGCAUUCGAAAACUUGCAAUAAUGCUUCCCAGGGUUCGUCUACGAAAAAUAGUGAGGGUGUCACCUCGGUGAAUACAAAGCACAAUGCGGGACCUCCAGAAGUGCCGUCAACUCCUGUAACAAGCAAUGCAUUAGUUCCAACUACUCCUGCACCAGUCCAGACCUCACAAGAGUUUGAUUUUAUAGACCUCCUGAGCAAUGCAUUAGUUCCAAUCAGUGUGUCGACUGAUCAAACUUUGCAGCAGAGACCCCUUAUAUCUUGUCCUUUUCCCCCGUCCACCGAAGGGAUUCCACUUUCCUCUGAGGGUUACAGUGGGAACCCGACUCCAGCCUUGAACAGUUAUAUAGCUACCUGGGCUCAAUCACAGCCUCAAGCUGGACUCCUGUCUCAGCCACAACUCCCACCUCAGCCUGAACCCUUGCCUCAGUAUGCACAAGUGGCAUCACAACCACAACCUCAGCCUCAAUUCCCAAGUGGACCUCAACAUCAGCUAGAACUUCGUUCUCAACCUCAACUUCAGUACUCGUCUGGCUACCCCCCUCCACCAUGGGCAGCCACACCUGGUUAUUUUAGCAAUCCAAAUCCUGUAUCAAGGCCUUGCGCAUAUUCAACGCCAACGCCCAUCGUGUCAUCUAUGCCUCUGCAAGAGACUAAAUCUUUGCAACAUGUUGACUCGUUCCCUGCCAAAGAAAGCUAUGUGUCAAUUAAUGGAGAUACGCAUUUCGACUCAAGUCCUCGAUCCACCUCUCCUGCUGGGCAGAAGCCCUUCAUUCCAUCGUAUAGAUUAUUUGAAGAUCUUAAUGUGUUCGGCGGUACAGAUGGAAGAUUUAAAGCAACAAAUAACCCACCUUCCAGCUUGUCGGGAAACAGCAGCCAAAGUAUGGUUGGAGGAAGAAGUGAGAGAGGUUGA